UUUCAAUCUUUCUGCCACGCCGGAACGCCUACCCAAGGACAGCCACUAACUCGGCACUUUCCCUCCCGGCCUCGACCUCAUUGCCGACGAGUUCUUCCUGACAGAUACGGCAGGCACCCAGGACAAUGGCGGAACAUGAGGAUGAGCCCGUAACGCUCUCAGCCCAUGCGCUGGCGGCACUGGCGGAAUUUCAAGCCGAGAAGCAAGACCGCAAGGCCAAGUUCGAUAGGCUUCGCGCCGAGGCUGAAGAAGACGAUGUGCCAUUAUCCAUGGAUGCGUUCGCCGAAGACUGGAACGCAUCUCAAUUCUGGUACUCGGAUGAGACGGCGCGCAAAUUCGCGGAACAGCUGCUGGAGAAUGCCACCAGCGAGACCUCCAUCGGCGUCAUAUCGACCCCGAGUACCUUUGUGGCUCUGCGCAAUGCAUUGCGGACGAAGCCAAGGGCAGAGCGGCCACGGCUGGUGCUCCUGGAAUACGACGAGCGAUUUCGCGUGUUUCCAGAAUUUGUUGCAUACGAUUUCCAGAGUCCGCUUAGUCUGCCAGCCGAGCUGAAGGGAUCCCUGGAUCGUGUCAUUUGCGAUCCGCCCUUCCUAAGCGAGGACUGCCAGGCGAAAAUUGCUCUCACAAUCCGCUGGCUCCUAAAGGUCAACAGCAUGCCACCUGUUCGCGUCAUCAUCUGUACCGGUGAAAGAAUGGAGGGACUGGUGACCAAGCUCUACCAAUCCCUUGGCGUCCACACCACUUCCUUCGUGCCUGAACACCCUACUGGACUCAGCAACGAGUUUUACUGCUUUGCGAACUUCGAAUGUAACCUCUGGACGUGGCGUCAACGGGCGGGGUAAGGUAUUGUUACUCUGUGUGGAAAGGGAGUGCGCGUCCUGCAUCACCUUGACAUGGAUGGAGGCCUGGUUCCUUCAUCAAAGCUUCGGGGGAGUAACGUCCGGCUCCAGCAGGUUGGAAGUCGGGUUGAAGCGGGGCGUGUUGAGGCAGCGGCCAGGUCCAGUCUCACUCGAAACCCGGCGAAGUAGUUUCGAGCAAGACACCCUACACCUACUUUGAAGAUUGUAUCGCUAUCCAUCACCAGACUUUGGCGAACGUUCUUUGUGCUAUGCUAUGUAAUCUUCGGGCUCGUUCUCCUAUCGACACGCCAACAUGUUGUUAUCCAGAGUUUCCC